CAACUCUUUAUUAUGGGUUAUUCGGUAAACCUCGGUUGGUUUAAUAUCGACUGAGGUAUGCUGAAUGUUCUGGCCUGAAAGGGAACCAGUUAACAAGACGACCAGUUGACAACAUUUUAGCCUUCAGUAUGGAUGCUGCGAGGCAAGAAAGUAUUUUGAAGAAGCGGUUGCAGGUCUUUCUAACAGAAUUACUGAAAUUUGGCACCAUCAAAGGAUUCAAGAACUUUGCCAUGUACCUGCGAGGAAGAGAAGAAUUAGUUAUAAGUGUUUUAAAUGAACCCAAAUCCUCCCAGUACAUUCACACUCUAGAGCAUGUAAAAUCAGCCUCCACAUUUAAAGAUCCCAACCGAAGUGGCAGCCUAACAUCAAACAAUCUGCCAUAUGAUAAGAGGUCUUUGUUAAUAUCCAUGAGAUCUCAGAUGAAUCUGACUACAGCAGCGGUUCCUAAGGGAGUGGGCUUACCUCCUGCCUCACCAAGUGACUCCGAGACACAGCCUGGAGAUGAGACAUCGACACUGUUCUUGAUAGCAGGCUAUGCAAGGUACAGCUGUCCUUAUGUAUGGAUUCGCUCCAAUCACCAACGCCUGGUCAAACUGAUGGGCGAGGUAGAGACAGAAAAAGACAGCCCUCUUCGUUUAAAAUCCACUGCUUCUUGGAAAGACAGAAAUGUGACCUUGUAUGACAUAAUUGCUGAACUAGUGAAGCUCAACACAUACCCUGCCCCACAAAAUCCAUAUGAGCUGGAUAUGGAAUACUUCUCAUCGUUACCUCCAGCAGAACGAGUGCUGGAAACGGCGGCCAUGAUACAAACACUGAAGAAUGUCUUCCUUAACACCUCUGAUGACAAGCCAUACACAGGAUACGUUUUGGAAGAUUUACAGAUGUUGAUGAAAAUGCAUUUUACAACUUUGAAAAAGCUUGCACAGGAAGGAGAGCUAUCCAUUGUGAAACAAAACCAAAAGCAGAAAUCUCAUCCAAGUUCAAGACCAAUGAGAACUGGUUACUCGUCACAAAAAUAUGGCCAGGCGCCGUCUAGUCUAAACCAAGCUCCAGACAACUAUUACGCAGCUUCGAAACAAAGUUACACUUACUCUGGAUACUAGUCCUCUUUAUUUGACAAUUUUCCGUCAGUGUAGUAACUUGACACAGAGUAGAAUUUUACAAAGGUGUUUGUGUUCACUGUGCAGUUGAAAGACUCAACAGAUUCAUCUGUCAUACAUAUUCUGUAGAGCUUUAAAGUGUUGCAGGGUAGUUUGUUGCAAUUUAAAGACUGAACAAAAUCAUCCCUCUUACAUAUGUGUACUGUUCAGUUAUAAGAUGUUACACAAAGACUUCAGUGGAGGGGGGGGGGGGGGGUAUUGGUAAAAGUAACUAAUUAAUAGUUGAUCCUUAACUUGAAGAUUCAAAAUGUAUGCUCAUGCAUGGCUAGCAUGCUAUUUAUACAUGUAUCAGAGCACCAGUGUAAAAGGAGUUGAUUUUUAAUGAUUAUUAUUUAUUUUAAAAUCAAAGAUAUGUUAUUUUGCAUGGCAAUUAGUUUCCUAUAUGUAUUUGAUUUAUGCAUUUUUUUUAUAAUAUGAAUUCUCCCACAAGAACUUCGUGAACACCAAAUAUGAAUCAUAUUGUGUAAUAUUCAAAGAACUAAUUCCAUGAAACUAUGUAUCAAUAAUCGAAAUCAGUAUCAGUAAUCGAAAUAGUUCUGAGAAAUUGUAUGGAUCCAAGCAAUAUUGAACUCUAGUCUUGUUCAACCAGACUCUCGGCUGUCUCCAUUAAUCUCUGACAAGCAAGAGAGACUCCGCUUGUCGGAGAUUUACGGAGACAGCCGAGCGCCUGGUUGAAUGAGACUAUAUCGAACUCUGGCGUAGGAAUACGUAAAAUGUACGACUACAAAAAAUAUCUGAAAUGUUUUUACCAAAUAAAAUCUAACUUUUUACAAGGUAUCUAUGAAUAAGUUUCCUUGAAAAAUAAUGCUUUAGAACACAUUUACAUAGAAUUUAUUGAUUAGAACUUAAUGUUGUCAGCGGUGUUGAUUUGUGCUUAGGUCCAAACACUGUUUCACUCCCAGUUUGCCUGAGUAAGUGCAUAGGAGAGUUGAUUAAAAUCAACUCCCAAAAAGCUACAUAUAUACGUCAUUAGGUAAGCUUAGAUCAAGGAUUUAUUAAAGAAUUAAGUUGACUCUUGACUCAUAUAACAUUUUCUUUUAAAA